CUAGGGUACAAGAAGAUUAUACGAGGUUUUCUCGACCCACAUCUGAACAAGAUAGAUAUGUUGCAUGGCAUUAGUUUUGCAUCAGCAGCUUCGGGUUACGAUGACCUCACAGCAAAUCUCUCAAGUGUUAUAUCCUUAUCCAAACAAAUGGAGUAUCUCAAGCAUUACAUGAUACACCUGAGGCGGCUGGUGGGAGCAACCAAAGCUGAAGAACUUAUAAACAAUGCUGUUUUUGUUUUAAGUAUGGGAACCAAUGAUUUUCUCCAAAACUACUUUCUGGAACCUGUACGUUCAAAACAAUUCAGUGUGGCACAAUACGAAGAUUUCUUGAUCACUUCUAUGUCUAGUGCCAUCAAGGAAAUGCACUCUAUAGGAGCAAGAAGAGUAGUGGUAGUGGGAGUUCCCCCUCUUGGCUGCCUCCCACUAGUAUUGACGUUUCGGGGUGAGACCAAAUGCGACGAAGCAUUGAACAAAUUGGCCCUUUCAUUCAGUACAAAGUUAAGGCAAGAGUUGACAAGCUUAAAAGGGUCCCUGGGGCUUAAAACUUCCUUUGUGGACAUAUACACCAUCAUAGGAACAGUAAUUCAGAAUCCAAAAUCAUAUGGUUUUACAGAGGCAUUAAAGGGCUGUUGUGGGACAGGAACCUUUGAAUAUGGCAGCACUUGCCGGGGUUUGGCUACGUGCUCUGACCGGACAAAGUAUGUGUUUUGGGAUGCAGUUCACUUCACAGAGAGCCUGUACGGGAUUCUUGCUGAUGAAGCUUUAAAAACAAUCAGUGUUGAUCUUCUUAAUUGAGGAAAGAAUUAUUUUGCUUAGCAACCUUGUGAGUUUGCUGAAAGAAAUUAAGCUCCAAAAAGAAAAAAGGAGGAGGAAAGGGCUGCUAAUUAUGCAUGGAGUUGAGGAUAAAAAGAAAUGUUGCAAAUUCUUGAGUGCAGCCGUCGCAGAGUCGUUUAUUGUACUCGUGAAAUGAAUUGUUAGAAGAGAUAUUAUUGAAAUGUAAAAGUGGUUUCUUUAUUGCGAAUUUGACGAAUAACCAAA